AUGAAGUAUAUGAGGGCCUGCCCCACUGGCUACGGACGGGCCGCAUAUUUGGCCCAGCGGUGGUUUCAGAAUUUCCCCCGGCUUUGGCCUGUCCUCGAUCCUUCGAGACCGGGCAUCUCCAUCUGCCAUCUCAAAUCAUCCCUGCAGGCACAAAAACUCUUCCGCGAGGGUGGACUCACCGCGGCUAGCGGGGCAUCAGAGAGGCAAGCGAGCGUCUGGGGGUGCGCCGAUUCCAACGUGAGGCCCUGUGGGCUGGCGAGCGGAGACCCCUUAUUGGGAAUAUCGCACCAAUUGCAAUGCCGGGUCCCGCCCGAGAAGGUGGUAACCCGGUCGAUCCCUUCAAAUCUCCCCCACCCCUCCCUACCCUACCCUGCAAGCCAGCCCACGCCAACCUGGGACCAGCCCACCGGGCCGCACGACCACACACACGUCGACGCCGCCGUCCGGUCAUGGAUGACAUGCGUUGACGCCAAGGAGGGCUGGCCCGAGCUCGACGGCGGCGGCGGCGGCGGGGACAUGUUGGGGCGGCAUAUAACAUGGUGGGCGCCUCUGCCCCCAGGGUCCAUGAAGAGCCUCUUUCACCACCAUCCGCUCUUUGGGGUCCAGAAGUUCGUCUUCUUCUUCUGA